AUUAUUAGAAUAGUACACAACGCAGAACAGAACAACCAGGUUGAGGGUCAGUGGCCAAAGCCCGCGAACAGGAAUAUUCCAAGUUCAGACAGAAGGGGGGAGUCAGAUCGCUAUGAUCGCCGGGAACUUUACUUUUGGUGUCUAUUUUUAAUUGUUGCGCUACAUCACGCUUGUUGAUGUUAGGUAGGCAGCUACAUUAGCUGAAUGAUGUUAACAGCUUAGUGUAAAAAAGCAGCAAGUGUUCCAUGCUUUUAUAAAAAAAAGUUAACAUAUCACCUUAAAUUUGGCAGGUAUUGCCUGGACCUUAUAAUGAUGUUCUCACAUUGUUGAUGACUUACAAUGCAAAAGUCUAGAAUAGGCCUACACUCACGGGGACAUGUUUCAGUUUGUCGGCAGUAGCCUACUAAGUGGAGCGAAUGGUAGGAAUUCAAGUUUUGGGAGUGGCACAUUCCACAUCCUGUGAUAUGUCUCAACCAUAAAUGUCGGUUUCAGCCAGUUUGGAAGAAGGCUAUGCCUCUACGAGUUGUCGUGCAAGGUCCUGGACCGUGGGGAUUCCGUCUAGUUGGUGGGAAGGAUUUUGAACAACCCUUGACUAUCUCGCGGGUCACUCAUGGCAGUAGGGCUGCACAGGCCAAUCUGUGUAUCGGGGAUCAGAUCCUGGCCAUAGACGGAGAGCCCACUGAGAACAUGACUCACCUGCAGGCACAGAACAAGAUCAAGGGCUGCUUAGAGGAAAUGGUCCUUUCUAUUGACCGAUCCGAAUCUAAAAUGUGGUCACCGCUCUCUUCUGAGGAAGGAAAGACCAACUCUUACAAGAUGAAUCUUGCAUCUGAGCCACAGGAGGUGAAACGCAUAGGUUCCACCCACAACAGGAGCGCCCCGCCAUUCGCUGGGUUCGGCCCCAAGGUGGUAACCAAUCAGUACAACAACCCUGCCGGUCUGUACUCCUCAGAGAAUAUCAAGGACUUCAACGCGACCAUGGAUGACGUGAAAACCAUCGGCACUGCUGCUAAUGAGCCCAGCACCAUCCCAGAUCCCUCCGGUUUUCUGCCACCAAUAGUGGCAGACUCUGAGGUCUACAAAAUGCUGCAGGAAAACCAAGAGGCUGAUGAGCCUCCUCGACAGUCAGCUUCAUUCAAAGUGCUGCAGGAGAUUCUGGAGUCAGAUCCUGAUAAGACCUCUGGUUUUAAGAGUGUGAAAGCGCCUGCCACAAAAAUUGGCUCAACAGUGAGAAAUGCAGACAAGUUACCAAUCUGUGACAAAUGUGGAUCAGGGAUUGUGGGGAUGGUAGUCAAGUUACGGGACAAGUUCCGUCACCCCGAGUGCUACACCUGCUCAGAUUGUGACCUCAACCUGAAACAGAAGGGACAUUUUUUUGUGGAGGACCAGAUCUACUGUGAGAAACACGCACGUGAGCGAGUGACUCCACCCGAAGGCUAUGAUGUGGUCACUGUCUUUCCCAAGUAGAGCUGCUCAUUGAACACGGCCUCAAACUGCACAUGACAUAUUAGUGUCUCAAGAUGCCAUGAAAACCAUUCCAGCAUUUAAAGAUGGCACAUUUAAGCAAUAAGGCACGAGAGGGUGUGGUAUAUGGCCAAUAUACCAUGGCUAAGAGCUGUUCUCGGGCACGACGCAUUGCGGCCAUAUACCACACACCCUCGUGCCUUAUUGCUAUUAUAAACUGGUUACCAACAUAAUAAGAGCAGUAAAAAGAAAUGUUUUGUCAUAUCCGUGGUAUACGGUCUGAUAUACCACGGCUGUCAGCCAAUCAGCAUUCAGGGCUCAAACCACCUAGUUUAUAAUCUAGACUGUAAAAUGCUAUAUUGUAUUAUGCCUGGAUACUGUUACUUCCAGGCAUGCAAUGUUAACGAGGUUUGCUAUUCGUCAAAUAAUAAUUUGCACAUGUGUAUACAUUUAGGAACCAAAAAAUGCUAUGAAUUUGUGUGGCAUACAUGGUUUAGUCUGAAUUCAAGGAAUCCAAAACAUUUGCAUUUGAAUCAGUAGGCUAAUAAAUGUUUUGGGUUUGUUUUCUCAAACAGGCUGUGACCAAGCUUAUUUCAAGGAACAUACAGUAGCGACUGACUGUACUUAGAUUUGACUCAUUCAUAGUGGUUGGAUCCAGGCUUCUGGUAGCCCUGCUUCUGGGUGGAUUCUCUGAAUCAUAAACAAAACUCUCAUGUUUUGCUGAGCUCCAUCUUUUCAUAGUGAAAAUGCUGUAUUGGUCUUCCAAAUUACUUUGCACCUAUCAAUGUAAUUAUUAUGACUGAAUAAAUAUUUAAUCUCAAACCGUGA